AUGGCCAAGGCAGACGAAGCAGCCUCGGUGCACAGCCCUUUGCUAGGUGCGGUUCCGGCUCGACGCUUCGCCCCCCAGUCGGCACCGCGAGCUGCUCCCCUGUGGUCGGCGACGCCGCCGCUCUGGGGCGCCAUGUCGCCGGACCCGAGCCUUCAAUCCGCCCCGACCUCGCCACCGGAUGAUUUCUGGCGCCUGCUUCCUCUGGCCCAAGGUUCUCGACGCAACUCGACCACAGCCGAGGGGAAGCUGCCUGCGGGCCAGACGCCGAGCUGGAACGCGUCGACGCCGUCGCCCGCGGAAACCGUCAAGAAGUCGCCACUGACGCCCUUUCCGGCCUGGAGAGACGAGCCUGACGGCGAGAGCAGGCGCUCGACCGGGCAACCCCAGCAGCGCCAUCGCGACUUGGAGGAGCAAGAGAGCGUGACCCCUCCAAUCAAUGCCGGUCUUGUCAGACACAGAUGGAACCUCAACACUGCCUUGCAUGGCGCGAUGCUUGUUGGACAAUGCAUCGUCACCUUGGCCGUAUUCAGCACCUUCGUUGCCGUCCUGGUGUGGCAAAAGGGCAACCCGCGAUCUGGACUGGGGGACUCGUCGCUAUGGAACUACCUCGCACCGUCUCUCGGUCUCACUUUGGCCGUGUGCGUGAGCGUGCUCGUCCUCCACGAGACUCGCGUGCUUUCGACCGUUGCUAUCCUCUACCUUCAGGCCCUGAUACUCACCAUGACAACGGCUACGUCUCUCGCGUUGUGGAUCUGGAUCCUCACCAAAGCCACCAGUCAGAUGGUCAAGGGCCUGUUCGUCGGCUGCCUGAUCAUGAUGGAGGGAACUGCCAUGCUUGCCUUUGGGAGAGCCACGCUGGUAUGGUGGCUGCUCGAGGAUCGCGGUGAGCUGGGCGGCAACGGCGAGUCGGUGGACCAGCACGUUGCGGACUGGGAAGACGAUGAGCGCUAG